AUGCAAUCCUUUUACGACGCUAUCGAAACAUGGUGCGAUAAGCAGACCACCCAUCACGACUUGUUCGGCAUGUUAGAGCACAUCAUUAAGAAACGGUUUGAAGGGCACGAUAGACAAUUUACGGUUAUGAAGAUGAGUUUGUUGGGAUCUGCAAGAGCAAAGAGAAAGAAAAUAGGAAUAGAAAAGGUGGUUAAAACGAGAGAGAUGAGAGAAUUAAUCAAAAGUGUCGAGUGGUUGGAAAUCAGUGGCUGUUGCGUAUGUAAUGGAGUUUUCACGGCUAUCGGAGAGCGCUGUAGGAAUUUGACUACCCUGACACUCUGCUUCCCGCCCCUGCAACCGCCCCUUCCUUCGCUUUCACCUCUCGUACCUGCUCUUUCAACCGUUUCCUCCCUAACCCUAUUCAACCUGUAUCCACCUUACAUCUCGCUCCUCUUUUCUUCACUUCCCGUAUCUACUCUGCGAACUCUUCACAUCUUCAAUACAAACUUUGAAUCAUGUCCGCCUUGGGUUACCCUAGCAAAAUGCUCAAAGCUGGAAUAUUUAAGUAUUAUAGGAUGGCAUGGGAUUACAGAGGAGAUGGUAAAGCCUUUGAUAGAAACGGAUAUAAAGAAGCUAAGAGGUGUCAUUGUCAGCGGCGAAGAAUGGUCAGAAGUAGACAAGAUGUUGAGAGAUUGGUGGAGUAGAUGCGUCAGGGGCCAUCCUAUAGUUAGCAAUGGAAAAGGAGGAAGGAAGUUGGUAAUUAGUUCGAGACGAGUCGGAAUUAAGAAAAGGAAGGGUUUUAAUGGUCGGGUAGAAGAUCAUUAG